AAUAAACGAGGACACGUUGGAUUCAACCGGUGUAGCGCAUCACCGCGUUACUCUUUGAAGGAAGAACUAAUGUUUCAUAAUCGUUAUUUCUGUCCGGAAUAUUGUAGUGUGACACACGACAAUAAAAAUACGGAAGACGCAAGAAUCAGCUGACAUAUUUCGCGUACAACUGCAUUGUGUUGUUAUCGGUUUCUGACAUAAGCAGCCUGCAUUAUGGAGGACCAGGAGAUGCAACUAAAAGUUAGACGAGUGACUGACAAAUUCACGGAGAGCAUGUACGUGCUAGCUAACGAGCCGUCAGUGGCUCUCUACAGACUGCAGGAACACGUCAGAAGGUCCCUGCCUGAACUGGUGCAACACAAGACAGACAUGCAGAGCUGGGAGGAGCAGAGUCAAGGAGCCAUCUACAGUGUAGAGUAUGCAUGCAGUGCCGUGAAGAGCAUGACGAACAGCAGCUUGUAUUUCAAAAACAUUGACGGCCUCCUCCGUCAAGCCAUCAGCAUGAAGGAGCAGAUUAGCAACUCUCAAGGACGCAGCUUACAUGAUGUGACCCCCUCACCCAGUCCCCUUGUCUCUGCUCCACAUGCCCCUCCCACUUCCUCAUUACCUCUGGACUGAGGUGUCCAAGGAAAAGGACUACAGACUCAGGCAUGCUAAAGGAAGGGGGAGAAAAGCACAGCUCCGGGAUGUGACGUGACUUCCUGAGUUGUUGGUGUUGCUUCUACAGUCCCUUGCUCUAUUACCUCUUGAUUGAGGCUGAAGUGGGGUCAUAAGAGCGACACCUCAUCACAAUGGAGGGACUGCCUCCAGUGACACACCCCCCCCACACCCCUCCAGUACAAGCCGCUCAGUGGAACAGAGCACCACAGCACUGCCAGGUUCAGCAUUAAAAACACUUAAGUCAUGGACGCUGCUCAAAGAAUGCAUUGUUCUCAUGGACUCGCUGGACGGGCCAGAGAGAAGGCAGCCGUGCUGCUUUUGCCUCUGCUGUUGAAAAUCCACUGCGCCGCCAAUGUUUUGGACACUAGUUUUCAAGUCUUUGUGAAUUUGUUGUUGAAGGCUAAAGACUAAAAGAGUACCCUGCAUGGAAAUUAUAAAAGCUUAACGCACUUACACAAGGAAAACAUACAAAAAUGUGCUAGAAGGCAGUAACCGAUGCCCAGUUCUACUUUAUUUAAGGAUUAAAUAUGACAUGCCAGAUUGGGCAACAUGUUCUUACAGAGAAAAUCCAGAAUCUUAACAAAAAAAUGAAAAUCUAGUUUUUCAUUCUUACCUGCCAAGUAGACAGAAACCCCCAGGCAAAACAGUCCGAUAGCCACGUGUCGUACAGCUCUGCUAUCCAAAAGGAACCAGUCUGCUCUAUUGAAACAGAUGUCAUAUGGUUAAUGUCAGACAUGUUUACACUUUAACAUUGCUACUUUUGUUUUUUUUCUCAUCGGUGCAUAAAUGAUUUUAUGCAACAAUUUCUGUGUUGACAGUUUUCUUUUUGUCUCAAGUGCACCUUCUUUGCUAUGCAAUCCAACUUUUCUUCAUCUUUUUUUUAUUUCUCCCCUGAUAAGUUUGUAUAUCAGAACUGUAAGUCCUAAAACAUUUGAUUAUUAAUUAGCUGGGUAUGUUUAAAUGCUAUAUGUUUUGUAAAGCUCAUUAUUAUUCACAUUUUCUUGGAAUGUCCCCUCUGUCAGUAGGGAGGUCCUGGGGUAUGCUGUUGGAUUUGAAAACCGAUGUGGGAAAGGGCCAGCUAGAGGCUGUGUGCUGGGUGCAUAAUGAGAGGAAGGCCAUUGUUUAGAUGGGAUUCAUAGGGUUUGAGAGGUGGGGGUCGGCCAACAACAUUGCAGUACGGGCCUCUGCACUCUGACACAUACGGAAGGCACUUUUAUACUUAAAAUAAAACUGUUUUCUUUUAAUGAAACUUAAUGCAGUCAACCAGGAUCCGCUGUGGUUUACAGAGAACAAUUAAAGAAGAUUGUGUGGACACAAGAACACUAA